GAGUCCACGGAGGACUCUCAGCAGCUCCCCACCGGGACCAGAACCACCUGUCAGGUCGGCCUCACGUGCAGCAGCUCGGCGGAGGAGGAGGCUGCUCCUCCAACAUGGACGCUGUAGUGCGCUUCUUGUAACUUAUUAUUAUUUUACAUAUUUUUGUGUCGCUUUGUUUUUGUCACUCCGAGCCGUAUGAGUUCCCCGCUGUUUUGGGGUCAGCUGGUGGGGGUGUCGUUGGAAAUGAAGCCCCCCACGCCGGCGGAGAGAGACACAACUUACACCAAGCUGUUCGUCGGCGGCCUGCCGUACCACACCGACGACGAGUCACUCCGCAAACACUUCCAGAGCUUCGGGGACAUCGACGAGGCGGUGGUGAUCACCGACAGGCACACCGGGAAGUCCCGGGGAUACGGCUUCGUGACCAUGAUGGACCGAGCAGCGGCAGAGCAGGCGUGCAAAGACACAAACCCCAUCAUCGACGGCAGGAAGGCCAACGUGAACCUGGCAUUCCUCGGAGCAAAGCCUCGCAGCUCGCACACAACUCUCUCUGUUGGAGGUCAGCAGAUCCAUCCUACAUGGGCUCAGCGGCAUCACGGAUUCACGCAGCAUUACACGUACCCCCAGGCGUUCCUGCACCCCAGCCUCCUGCUGCAGUCCCCCCUCAGCCCUGCGGUGGCAGCACUCGCCUCCCCUUACCUGGACUACAGCCCCUAUGCCCCCUCAGGACUGGAGCAGUACCCUUACACUCCUUCACCGUCGCCUUCCACCGGCUACCUCAGCUACAGCUUCCCCCCCGGCACGCCGACACCUGCCCUCACCACCUCUCCGACUCCUCCAGCUGCCAUCCAUCCUCCCCUGGCUGCUCUGACCGCAGUGUCCGCCACCCCACAGGGCUUCCUCCACUACCCCCUCCACCAGCCUGAGUGGGGCAGUUCAUCGAUGGCAUUACCGGGACAAUAA